AUGUCUUCAACGAGGUCGAUCUCGACAUCUACCGAGCCCCAGAAGAUGGACGCCGAGAAGUUCAAGGGUAUGCGAUGGACAUUGCCCGUAAUACUUCUCUUUGUCGGUUUGGCGGCUGAGUGGUGGACACGGUCCGGCCCAUCACUCCUGCGAAUCCGCAAAACACAGGACAUCAACAAGAACACGUGCUCCACUGAUCCGGAAGGAGCUUUUUACAAGAGAAUGAGCAUCGUGGAAGAGAAGGAUAAGGAGAUGCCGCCCGUGAUGGUGGCCGCAGCCGACGCAGUGAUGCGUGACACGCUCCCGGAUUCCGAAGUGGUGCCCGAAAUUGAUAUUGAAGAGAACGGAGUUUUCGUCGUAUGGGACGAUUAUACCACGAGCCAAGAGCAGCAUGCGCGCCACCUGUUGGAAGUCCAGCGCCGCCACAUGGAAGAGAUGUACGUAGAAAUCGAAAGGGCACUGCAAAAGGGAAAAGCGCAUGGCAUCCCGGACGCGGUGAAGACCGAGAUGGUGGUCGCACCAGUCGCUGCUCAAGAACAAGCACAGCGUCAUCAAGGAGGACACAUGGUACUGAGAACCCGGAUAUGGUGGCCGGACAAGUCUCUGAUCUCUGAUCAACUACCUGCACAGCAUCAUCAUGAAGAAGGGCAGAAGGCAGCCAGCGGCGGGGAAGGAAUGACGAAAGAAGUUUCUCAUCCGCUACCGAAACAUGAUACCAACUGGGCCAAAAAGGAAGCCUGCGGAAAAGUGCCCAAGGAUGCAGCUGUGCCGAAGUCACAACGGUCCCAUCACGAUCACUGGCAAUUUAUUCAUCCUAGCCUCAUUCUGUGUAUUGAUCUUUUGGCGCUGGUGCCGUGCUGCCAUUCUGCGCUGGCUAAGCACCCGUACCUGGUGGCCUCA